AGUUCUCUGAAACUCACUUUCGGCGGAGGAACAUGGAGGUUAUAAAAAGGUGAUGCAAGCUAGCAGUUGUCUCUUCAUGUAGCGUAUUCGACUGUAACUUAUUCCUAGAGAAUUGCUAUUUUUAAAAACCAAACAACCACUAUCUCCUGCCUUAAAAUGGAUUCCACUCCAGUCAUCAAUUUUUCACCAGGUCCAGCAAAACUACCGGCGUCGGUACUUGCACAAGCCCAGAAAGAAAUGGUUAACUACAAAAGUACGGGUGUCAGUGUCAUGGAACUCAGCCAUAGGUCAUCAGACUUCACAAAAAUUUUGACAGGUGCAGAAAACAAUCUCCGAAAACUGCUGAACAUCCCUAACAAUUACAAGGUGAUAUUCCUGCAAGGUGGUGGAACUGGACAAUUCUCAGCCCUCCCUCUCAAUCUUUUGGCCCUGAAACCGAGCAUGUCUGCUGACUAUGUUGUCACAGGCAGCUGGUCAGCCAAAGCAGCCCAGGAAGCAGCAAAAUAUGGCAAAGUCAACCUUGUGCUUCCAAAAACCAAGAAGUACACAGACAUCCCAGACCCAAGCACCUGGACUCUUAACCCAGAAGCAUCUUAUCUUUACUACUGUGCCAAUGAGACAAUACAUGGUGUGGAAUUCCAACAUAUUCCAGAAUUCUGUGGUGUUCCCCUGAUUGCAGACAUGUCUUCAAAUAUCCUGACACGUGACAUUGAUGUGUCCAAGUUUGGCGCGAUAUUUGCUGGUGCACAAAAGAACAUUGGUUGUGCUGGUGUCACUUUGGUCAUUAUUCGUGAAGAUCUGAUUGGGAAGGCAUUGCCCAUCUGUCCUAUCAUCUUUGACUUCCAGGUUCAGGUUGGAAACAACUCACUGUAUAACACGCCACCAACUUACAGCAUCUACAUCAUGGGCCUUGUCUUUGAGUGGAUUUUGGAGCAAGGUGGUGUAGCAAAAAUGGAAGAAUGGGCCAUCAAAAAGUCUUCUGCAGUUUAUGAUGUCAUUGACAGCUCAAAUGGUUUUUAUGUAUGCCCUCUGGACAAAGGUUGCCGAAGCCGCAUGAAUAUUCCCUUCCGGAUUGGAUCAGCUCAGGGUGAUGAGGCUUUGGAGAAGAAAUUUAUUCAAGAGGCAGAAAAUGCAAAACUCAUUUCUCUUAAAGGCCAUAGAUCUGUGGGUGGCAUCCGAGUAUCACUGUAUAAUGCUGUUACAGUGGAUGAGACAUUAGUUUUGGUCCAGUUCAUGAAGGACUUCAUGGCUCGGUAUCGUCAGUAAAGUUCUGUGCAGAACUUGGGUGUAUCACAGUCAACGUGACAUUGGUGGACAAAAAAGACAGUUUUUUGUUUUUUUUAUGUCUUUUUGAUCUCUUGCAUUAUCUUUCACUCACACUCUCAAACUGUGGCCGAUUCUGUAUGUGAGAGAGCAAGCUUAAAUUGUGUGUGUGUGUGUGCGCGCGCGCUCCAAAGUACAUGUCUGGGUGUGUUUACCAAGAGUGAAGCUAAGAACUGCAACAGAAAGAGAAUCUCAGCAUGAAGUCUUUCCACAAAGUCUAAUUGUGAUACUGAAUUCUCUGCCUUCUGUAUGAUAUCAAUACUUUGAUGAGACCAUUACAAUCUAAUUUAAGACCAUGUUGUAGAUGUGUGUGGGCUGUAUAUACAUGCCUGGUAUGAAGAAUCUUAAUUCCAAAACUGCAACUAGCAAACUAGACAUGAACAUAGCCAGUCUAAAUGUGGGCAUGUUAAAUGUGGCCUGCACAAAUUUGUUCUUUCCAUUCUGUUUACCUUGAUAAUAAUAAAUAUAACCAUGUUAAGAGUAUAUAUAUAUUGCGUUAUUCAUUACCAUCAGACUUUGUAGUUGAAUCCCAUCGGUAUAGUAUAUCCACUUUGUUCAGUUUAACAAUUUUAUACUUGAUCAUAAAAAUAGCUUGUUUAAAGAAAUUCGUGCCUUGGAAUUAAUCAUCAAACUGUGGGUUAAAAAAAAACUUUUCACUUUGUGUUUGAAAAUGUAGCAAAUGCUCUUUAGAAGAAAAUGGAAAUUAAGGUGACCCUAUUUUACUCUGUGGCAGAGAAGAUGGCAUAUAUAUAUAUACGAUGAUGUAUAUAUGACAUAAUGUUUGCUGCUGUAAAUCCUUUCAUAUUGAAAGCAUUAAUAUUUUUAAACUUAUAAAUACUAUUGAAUAAAACAGAAUCUAAAUCAGAGGUAUACUGAAGGAAAAUUAUCUUUUUAAAACCUAAUGUUAUUGUUUCCAUAAAGAAACAGAGUAAAAAAAAAAAAAAUCCAUCAACCCACAGUGCAGUUUGAAUUUCCUUCAUGGAAUGGAAGACCAAUAACUUUGUACAGAGCGUAGUAGCCACCCAAUUGGGACAAAAGGAACUUCAUGCAAUAGUGAAAUUAUAUAAAUCUAGUGGCAUGCUUGUAUAAAUGUGACAAAGUAUUUUGUGCCUGAUAUGCCUUGUAAGUCAUGCUGUAAGGUAAUUUGCAAGCAUUUAUCCUCUAGUACAAUCUGUCAAGUAUUAUAAAAUAUUUCGUGGGUAAGGUUCCUAAUGGUAUUCAUAAUUGGUAUGUCAGGAUAGAUGUGUAUGCAGAGUGGGAGAAAAACCUAUUUGACAAUGCAGUUUUAAAAUGCCAUUUUUCUGUUAAAUUAGUAAUAUUUUAAAGAAUGAUUUGUUUCUUGAAAUAAAAUCUUACUCAACCCUUCAUGUGCUUCACUGAAAUGUAAAAUCCAGCACAACACUGCGCAUGCAUUUUGUACAGCACAAUGUAAUGAUUUUUUGCUGUGUUCCAAGACACAGGGAUCUCAAAUUGUGUUUAUUUUGAAAAGAUGCCCUGUACUGACAUCUUCAAUUUAACCAAACAAGAUUCAGCAUAAUUUGUACUUUCAAGUGCUGCAUGACUAACACAGUUUUUGCCCAUUUUCAGUUAGACAUGCCUUCUUAGCAUAUUCCUGAAAACAAAUGUUCUGAAAAUGCUGUGUGCUUUCACAUCGUGGUCUUAUUUUGUACAUAACCAAAGGACAAGUUGGUUGAUACCUCUCACAGCAGACUCACGAUGGCAGACAAUGUGCAGGAGGAGUAGAGACCGGUAUUUUUAUUUACAUUCUUUGUGGACCACUUGUAAAAUCCAAAGGCAAUAAAUUUGUAGUGGAAUCGAG